AUGUUCGAUGUUGCUCGGCAAAUCAUUGGUCUUUCCAGUAAUGAGGGAAGGAUUUUUAGCGAAUUGCGGGCAAAACCUUCCACUUCAGGAGAAAUGUGUACUACACUUGAAAAACGAGGAUUCGGCGGAAAAGCAACUUACUAUAAUCCGUCGUUAGGAUCGUGCGGACAGGAAAAUUCUGAUUCUGAUUUUAUAUGCGCGCUAAAUAAACCACAAUGGGGCAAUCCAUCAAAUCCAAAUGCUAACCCGCUUUGUGGGAAGAAAAUUAUUGUUCAUGGACCAUUAGGAUCGGUCACCGUGACAGUACAAGAUAGUUGUCCUAAUUGUGGUUUUGGAGAUUUGGAUUUAACUUUGGCCGCUUUUAAUAAAAUUGGUGAUUCUAAUGCUGGUUUCGUUCCAAUAACAUGGGAUUGGGCAGAUGAAAGCGGUGAUCAACCAUUAUCUAGAAUCUCGCAGCUAUUCUUUGAUGGGAUCAUUGUAUCAAAUCUUCCUUCAUAUUCUGGAAUUGGAAAAAACUUUAAAUCAAAAUCCCUAGGAAAAGCCAACGUUGAUCUGGGUGGCUUGACUACGAUUACAAUGGCUGCAACAACACCAACAACUGAAAUAAAGAAAAAAGCAAAACAUCAUGAUAAAAAGAAAAACAGCAAACAAAAUUCUUAA